GAGGCGCGCGCACACCGGCUGGUGGAGUACCACGGAUGAGAGAGCGGGCAAUAAAAAAAGAAGGGAUUCUUUUAGCUCGCAUUGUACUUCCACGCGGAUACUGGUAAACUCCACAGGAGGAUUUUUUUUCACCUGCUGCGUGUGGUGGCCAAGCGAGGGAGUUCUGCUUCUGGUAGCUGCCGGCAAUGUCGCAGAGGAGCGGGCAGGACGACCCGGAGCGGUACCUUUUUGUGGACCGCGCUGUGGUCUACAACCCGGCAUCUCAGGCCGACUGGACGGCCAAGAGGCUGGUAUGGAUCCCUUCGGAGCGCCACGGCUUCGAGGCGGCCAGCGUGCGCGAGGAGCGCGGCGACGAAGUCAUCGUGGAGCUGGCGGAGAACGGGAAAAAGGCGUCGGUCAACAAAGACGACAUCCAGAAGAUGAACCCGCCCAAGUUCAGCAAGGUGGAAGACAUGGCAGAGCUCACCUGCCUCAACGAAGCCUCCGUACUACACAACCUCAAGGAUCGCUAUUAUUCGGGCCUCAUUUACACAUAUUCUGGUCUCUUCUGCGUGGUCAUAAAUCCGUACAAAAACCUCCCCAUCUACUCUGAGAACAUCGUGGAAAUGUACCGGGGCAAAAAGAGGCACGAGAUGCCCCCUCACAUCUACGCCAUCUCAGAGUCUGCUUACAGAUGCAUGCUGCAAGAUCGAGAGGACCAGUCCAUUCUGUGCACUGGUGAGUCUGGAGCUGGCAAAACAGAGAACACAAAGAAGGUCAUCCAGUACCUGGCACAUGUUGCCUCCUCCCACAAAGGAAGGAAAGACCACAACAUUCCUCCAGAAUCUCCCAAACCCAUGAAGCUCCAGAGUGGAGUCCUCUUUUAUGGUGAACUGGAACGUCAGCUCUUACAAGCCAACCCUAUCCUGGAAUCAUUUGGGAACGCGAAGACGGUGAAAAACGACAACUCGUCGCGUUUUGGGAAAUUCAUCCGCAUCAACUUUGACGUCACCGGAUAUAUUGUUGGGGCCAACAUUGAAACAUAUUUAUUGGAGAAAUCCAGAGCUAUCCGCCAAGCCAAAGAUGAACGCACCUUCCAUAUUUUUUACCAGCUGUUGGCAGGAGCCGGAGAACACCUCAAAUCUGAUCUGCUUUUGGAGGGAUUCAACAACUACCGGUUCCUGUCUAAUGGCAACCUCCCAAUCCCAGGCCAGCAGGAUAAAGACAAUUUUCAGGAGACUAUGGAGGCCAUGCACAUAAUGAGCUUCUCUCACGAGGAGAUUGUGGCCAUGUUGAAAGUGGUGUCCUCGGUUCUUCAAUUUGGGAACAUUAUCUUUAAGAAGGAAAGGAACACCGACCAGGCCUCCAUGCCUGAUAAUACAGCCGCUCAGAAGCUGUCUCACCUGUUGGGAAUGAGUGUCAUGGAAUUUACCAGAGCCAUCCUCUCUCCAAGGAUCAAAGUGGGAAGAGACUAUGUCCAGAAAGCCCAAACCAAAGAGCAGGCUGACUUUGCUGUGGAGGCCUUGGCCAAAGCCACGUAUGAGCGUCUCUUUCGCUGGCUGGUCCAUCGCAUUAACAAAGCGCUGGACAGGACCAAAAGACAGGGGGCCUCCUUCAUCGGGAUCCUGGACAUUGCCGGUUUUGAGAUCUUCCAGCUGAACUCCUUUGAGCAACUGUGCAUCAACUACACCAAUGAGAAGCUGCAGCAGCUCUUCAACCACACCAUGUUCAUCCUUGAGCAAGAAGAAUACCAGCGGGAGGGAAUCGAGUGGAGCUUCAUCGACUUCGGCCUCGACCUGCAGCCCUGCAUCGACCUCAUUGAGAGGCCGGCAAACCCUCCGGGGGUGUUAGCUCUGCUGGAUGAGGAGUGCUGGUUCCCCAAGGCCACAGACAAGACCUUUGUGGACAAGCUGAUCCAGGAACAAGGAACACACACCAAGUUCCAGAAACCGCGGCAGCUCAAAGACAAAGCCGACUUCUGUAUCAUCCACUAUGCUGGAAGGGUGGACUACAAAGCCGACGAGUGGUUAAUGAAGAACAUGGACCCCCUCAAUGACAACGUGGCCACACUUCUGCAUCAAUCCACUGACAAAUUUGUGGCCGAGUUGUGGAAAGACGUGGAUCGUAUAGUGGGUCUGGACCAGGUGGCGGGCAUGAACGAGACGGCGUUUGGCGCCACCUACAAAACCAAGAAAGGCAUGUUUAGGACGGUGGGGCAGCUCUACAAGGAGUCGCUCACCAAGCUCAUGGCCACGCUCAGAAACACCAACCCCAACUUUGUCCGCUGUAUCAUCCCCAACCACGAAAAACGAGCUGGCAAACUGGAGCCUCACCUAGUUCUGGACCAGUUGAGGUGCAAUGGCGUCCUUGAGGGCAUCCGUAUCUGCAGACAGGGCUUCCCCAACCGUAUUGUCUUCCAGGAGUUCAGACAGAGAUAUGAAAUCCUCACUCCCAACGCGAUCCCCAAGGGCUUCAUGGAUGGGAAACAAGCUUGUGAGAGAAUGAUUCAAGCACUUGAGUUGGACCCCAACCUGUUUCGCAUCGGGCAGAGCAAGAUCUUCUUUCGAACUGGCGUACUGGCUCACUUGGAGGAGGAGCGGGAUCUGAAGAUCACUGACAUCAUCAUUUACUUCCAGUCUGUGUGUCGUGGAUACCUGGCACGCAAGUCCUUUUCUAAGAAACAGCAACAGCUAAGUGCCUUGAAGGUUCUCCAGAGAAACUGUGCGGCUUACCUGAAGCUGCGACACUGGCAGUGGUGGAGACUUUUUACUAAGGUGAAGCCUCUUUUGCAAGUCACAAGGCAAGAGGAAGAGAUGCAAGCCAAAGAUGAGGAGCUGGUCAAGGUGAAGGAGAGACAGCAGAUGGUGGAGAAUGAGCUUGUGGAGAUGGAGAGGAAACAUCAACAGCUCGCGGAGGAGAAGAGCAUUUUAGCAGAGCAGCUCCAGGCCGAAACGGAGCUCUUUGCAGAGGCCGAAGAGAUGAGAGCUCGUCUGGCCUCCAGGAAACAAGAGCUCGAGGAGAUCCUCCAUGACUUGGAAUCUCGCGUGGAGGAGGAAGAGGAGAGGAACCAAAGUCUGCAGAAUGAAAAGAAAAAGAUGCAGUCGCACAUUCAGGACCUCGAGGAGCAGCUCGAUGAGGAGGAAGCCGCUCGGCAGAAGCUUCAGCUCGACAAAGUGACAGCCGAGGCAAAGAUCAAGAAAUUAGAAGAAGACAUUGUGCAGCUCGAGGAUCAAAAUACCAAGUUCCACAAGGAGAAGAAGCUGCUGGAGGACCGGAUCAACGAAGCUACCGCCAUGCUAACAGAGGAGGAGGAGAAAGCAAAGAACCUUGGCAAGCUCAAGAACAAGCAAGAAAUGAUGAUGGUGGAUCUGGAGGAGCGCCUGAAGAAGGAGGAGAAAACCCGUCAAGAGCUGGAGAAGGCAAAACGCAAGCUGGACGCCGAGACGACAGACCUGCAAGACCAGAUUGCCGAGCUGCAGUUGCAGAUUGAGGAAUUGAAGAUCCAGUUGGCCAAAAAAGAAGAGGAGCUCCAGGCAUCUUUGGCCAGGACUGACGAGGAGAUAGCGCAGAAGAACAAUGCCCUCAAGCAGAUCCGGGAGUUGCAGGCCCAACUGGCUGAGCUCCAGGAGGACCUGGAGUCUGAGAAAAUGUGCAGAAGUAAAGCGGAAAAACUGAAGAGGGAUCUCAGCGAGGAGCUUGAAGCACUUAAGACCGAGUUGGAAGACACGUUGGACACUACUGCCGCCCAGCAGGAACUCAGGACCAAGCGAGAGCAAGAAGUAGCUGAGCUGAAGAAAGCGAUUGAUGAGGAGGGCAAAAACCAUGAGGCCCAGAUCCAAGAAAUGAGGCAGAGGCACGCUAUUGCGCUGGAGGAACUGUCUGAGCAACUGGAUCAGGCAAAGAGGUUCAAGUCCAAUUUGGAAAAGAACAAGCAGUGUCUGGAAAACGACAACAAAGAGUUAGUCUGCGAGGUGAAGAUUCUGCAGCAGACCAAGACAGAGUCCGAACACAAGCGGAAGAAGCUGGAGUCCGUGAUGCAGGAGUUUACGGCCAGAACCACAGAGAUGGAGAAAGCCAAGGGGGAGAUGGCCGACCGUUCCCACAAACUCCAGUUGGAACUGGACAAUGUGUCAACCUUGCUGGAGGAGACGGAGAAGAAGGGCAUCAAACUGACCAAGGAUGUUGACAACUUGGGAAGCCAGUUGCAGGAUGCACACGAGUUACUACAGGAGGAGACUCGUCAGAAGCUGAACCUGGGCAGCCGGGUGCGUCAGCUGGAGGACGAGAAGAACACUUUGCAGGAGCAGCAGGAGGAGGAAGAGGAAGCCCGACGCAACUUGGAGAAACAGCUGCAGACGGUUCAAGCUCAGCUGCUUGAGACCAAGAAGAAGCUGGAGGAGGAUGUGGGAGCCAUGGAAUGUCUGGAAGAGGUGAAAAGAAAACUCCAGAAAGAUGUAGAGUUGACCAGCCAGCGUCUGGAGGAGAAAGCCAUGGCCAUGGACAAGAUGGAGAAGACCAAAAACAGACUGCAGCAGGAGCUAGAUGACCUGGUGGUGGACCUGGACCACCAAAGGCAGAUAGUCUCCAACCUGGAGAAGAAGCAGAAGAAAUUUGACCAGAUGCUAGCUGAGGAGAAGACCGUUUCGGCCCGCUACGCCGAGGAGCGUGACCGCGCGGAGGCCGAGGCCAGGGAGAAAGAGACCAAGGCCUUGUCCAUGGCCAGAGCUCUGGAGGAAGCUCUGGAGGCCAAGGAGGAGCUGGAGAGGUUCAACAAGCAGCUCCGUGCAGAAAUGGAAGACCUGAUGAGCUCAAAGGAUGAUGUGGGGAAGAAUGUCCACGAGCUAGAGAAGUCCAAGCGUACACUGGAGCAACAGGUGGAGGAGAUGCGGACUCAGCUGGAAGAGCUGGAGGACGAGCUACAGGCCACCGAGGACGCCAAAUUGCGUCUCGAGGUCAACAUGCAGGCCAUGAAAGCCCAAUUUGAUCGAGACUUGCUGGCCAGGGAUGAGCAAGGCGACGAGAAGAAGAGGGCGCUGGUCAAACAGGUGCGCGAAAUGGAGGCAGAGUUGGAAGACGAGAGGAAGCAGAGGACGCUCGCCGUGGCCUCCAAGAAGAAGCUGGAGAUGGAUCUAAGCGAGCUGGAGGGACAAAUAGAAGCCGCCAACAAAGCCAGGGAUGAGGCCAUGAAGCAACUGAAGAAACUACAGACUCAGAUGAAAGACUAUCAGAGGGAGCUGGAGGAGGCGCGGGCCUCCAGGGACGAGAUCUUCACGCAGUCCAAAGAGAACGAGAAGAAACUCAAAAGUCUCGAAGCUGAAAUUUUACAACUACAAGAGGAUCACGCAGCCUCCGAGAGAGCCCGCCGGCACGCCGAACAGGAGCGGGACGAACUGGCCGAUGAAAUCUCCAACAGCACUUCCGGAAAGUCCUUGCUGCUGGAUGAGAAGAGGAGACUGGAAGCUCAAAUUGCCCAGCUGGAGGAGGAACUCGAGGAGGAGCAGGGCAACACGGAGCUGCUUAACGAGCGCUUUAGAAAGAGCACUCUGCAGGUGGAGAGUCUCAGCACAGAGCUGGCCGCAGAGCGCGGCGCCUCCCAAAAGAGCGAGAACGCUCGGCAACAGAUGGAGCGUCAGAACAAGGAGCUGAAGGCCAAGCUAGCAGAACUGGAAGGCUCGGUCAAGUCCAAGUUCAAAGCUUCCAUCACGGCACUGGAAGCCAAAAUCCUCCAGCUGGAGGAGCAGCUGGAACAAGAAGCAAAAGAGAGAGCAGCGGCCAACAAGAUAGUCCGACGCACGGAGAAGAAGCUGAAGGAGGUGAUGAUGCAGGUGGAGGACGAGCGGCGUCAUGCUGACCAGUACAAGGAACAGAUGGAGAAAGGCAACUCACGUAUGAAACAACUGAAACGUCAGCUGGAGGAAGCGGAGGAGGAGGCCACCAAGGCCAACGCGUCUCGCAGGAAGCUGCAGAGGGAGCUGGAUGACGCCAGCGAGGCCAGCGAAGGUCUCAGUCGUGAGAUCAGCAGCCUCAAGAGCAGACUCAGGCGAGGCGGUCCCGUCAGCUUCUCGUCCUCCGGCCGCUCGGGUCACCACAACCUGAACGUGGACGGCGCCUCCGCGGACCGCUCCGACGACGACGCCGAUAGUCGCACCAGCGACUUCAACGACAUCGGCAAUGUGGAGUGAACACAUUAUGCUCACGCACCGACCCGGACUUAAAACGAUGCGGCACAUGUUCUCGCCAGUACCACACCACAGCGGUACCUUGACAUACAAGUGACCCGGGUUUUUCCACAGUUAACAACUGAGCAAAGAUAUGUAAUUGAUGCUCACCCAUUCCAGAAAUAGAAGUUGUAAUUGUGUAUAGAGGCGGUGGCAAAGAACUUAAAAUAGAGAGUAUUAAUAGUACACACCCUUCAAUAACAUGCUAGCACAAACAAAUACGUGCACUAGCACUUUACACAAACUGUAUUAAGUUGCUAAAGUCACAUGAACACAAAGAAAUUGUUGCGCAACUCCAGGGCUAUUAGUAGCUUUCAAGGACAGCCAACUAAACAGGACAUCACAAUUUUGUUUUAUCGCUAAAAAGAAAAUUGAUAAAAAUAUACUGAAGGAGAUAGAAAUUAUACCAUGAAAGUUUUUUUUUUUGUUUCAGUUUAUAUAUUUUUUUGUGGCAGUAUUCAGUCAAAUUUCUUCACAUUCUAUUUUAUAAUGUUCUAACUGUACAAUUCUGUAUAGUGCUAUUUUCCUUAAGAUAUGAGCAACUUGAGUUAUCGGGUGGUCAAGUAACGGUUCAAACUUUUAAGUCAUGGUACCGCUGUAUCUGUAAUCUGUAAGCCCAGGGCCAAGCAACACUUCCUCCCUCUUUCCUUAGAAGCGAGGCACCGAGUCCACAAGAGGCAAACGGACACGCUGCCUUUUAUACUCCAGUGUCCAUCACAUCCAUCAAACUUCUCAAAUAUGUCGAAACAGAAAAAGCCAAUCUCCAAGGAACUGAAUUCAAAGUGGAUGACAACACUGUGAUGAAAAGACACUGGACAUGGCACCACAUGGCGACGGAACGGACUGCUAAGAGCUGCACAGUGACGUUAAAGUGGAAGAACACGUCACGCACAUUUUUCUUCUUUUUGCUACCUUCAACUCAUACAAAAAAGACUGGAAGAAAAAAAAAACAUAUUUAGUCUGAGGAAAGUUGGUUGAACAUUUAUUCCAUAUCCUUCAUUUCCAGUUUGUCCUCCAUUCCCCAGACCAUUCAGUGCUCUAGUUGAAUGAAAAAAAAAUCUCCACUACAGUGUCGAAAUUGUCCUGUUGUGGAGAAAUGUCACAUCCUAUUUUGUAUUUAGUCACUAGUAACUUGUAGUUGACCUACUAGUUGCUAGUGAGGACAAAGAGCGUAGUAGUACAUGGACCUUAAACUGGUGGUUAGGGUGGUUUAAACUGUAAACACAAGUCAAUAUGUCCCAAAUAUGAUUGCAACAAUAAUGCAAACAAAACUUUAUCUGAUGGAGACUUCAUCUCAAGGAAAUUGAAUAAAUGCUCAACCAGCUUUCCUUCAUCUCAUAUAAAGUGCACGUCAUCUCCUUUGUGUACAAUGACAAAGAUUCAGCGUAUGUUUCUUUGAAAGUGCCUUAGACACUAAAUAAGAACAUAAACGGCUGAGGAUUUUUGCUCCAAAAGCUAACCAGAGAUGAUCCAACCACUUGUUUUUGUUUUGUUGCUGUGCUUCAUAUCCUCAUGGUACAAGACACGAUGAUGCUUUUACCUUCACUCGUUCUGGCUCUGAAUUACAUUUAGAAGUCUCAAUUAUUGUACUGGAUCAUUUUCCUUUGGUUGGAAGCUUUAAUAGGCUGAAGUAGUUGACACCAAGUAUAUAAAUAAAUAUGAUGGUGAUGAUUGUCAUUAUUAUUAUUCAGCAGGCAUUCCACUACAAAUAUUCCCACAGUUGUUUCUCGUAUAACUGGAUUUCUAGACAGUAAUUUUUUUUUUUAAAAUAAGAAAAAUAAAGCAUAUUCAUUGUAA